CCCAGGCAGAGGAUUGUCAGGCCCGGGGUCUCUGUUAAGGUCUACAUGCCACCGCAACUGUGGAGGUGCCACAAAUUAAUGCUCGGAGGUUUAAAGCAUUAAAACAAUUUGGUCUACUUUGGAACGCUGGAUUUCGGCUGCAGUGUUGCUUUUCCUGCUGAAAGGCAACCGGCUCGGAACUUGCAUCAGGUGUGGACUAUUCUGUAAUGAGCUAAUCGCCACCGGAGGAACUUUACGCAUGAAAAGGCUUUGUUCCUUCGCUUUGCAACAAGUUUCUACGAAGGAAUAACAAUUCGAGUUGGCAGAUGAGCCAAAUCGAGGCAGCACCGUGAUCUAAUCAACGCGGACAGUUCUAUCAGCAGUUGUACAUUUCUUGAACUAAGAUUUUUUUUAAACAAGGCGGGGCUAAGUUAGUUUGGUAGCUACCAAGCUACGAUCGAUCGGUCAGAAAAGAGGAAACUCUUCUGGUACACCACUGCGGCUUGCUCUGGACCGCAGGAACGGUAACCUCUUCGAAUCCUCAAUCAAAAGGAUUGGCAAUAGGUUUAAAUGCGGUACGAAGCUAAAAUGAUGCCGAUGUUCCUGACUGUGUACCUCAGUAACAAUGACCAGCAUUUUACUGAGGUGCCCGUCACCCCGGACACACUGUGUCGGGACGUGGUGGAGCUGUGUAAGGAGGCGGGCGAGAGCGACUGUUACCUGGCGGAGAUGUGGCGGGGGUCAGAGCGUGUGGUAGGAGAGGCCGAGCGGAUGCUGGACAUCCUGCAGCGCUGGGGUCAGCAGAGGGUGGAGGUGCGCUUCUUUCUGCGGCACGAACGCCCGCCCAGCCGCGACUCAGGGGGAUCCAGAGCUCCAGAGCACAUGGCCAACCGGAACGGGGUGAAGGGUCCCAUGGACAGACGCAUGGAGAACGGGGUGGCGUCCCCUCGUAUGGACAUGACCCUGGCAGAGCUGCAGGAGAUGGCCUCCAGGCAGCAGCAGCAGAUCGACGCCCAGCAGCAGCUCCUGGCCUCCAAGGAGCAGCGGCUGCGGUACCUGAAGCAGCAGGACCAGCGGCAGCAGCAGGCCACGGAGCAGGAGACCCUGCGGAGGCUGCGGGAGAACGCGGAGGGCCAGGAGGCCCGGCUCAGGAAGGUCCGGGCCCUCAAGGGCCAGGUGGAGCAGAAACGCCUCGGCAACGGGAAACUGGUGGAGGAGAUCGAGCAGAUGAGCAGCCUGUUCCAGCAGAAGCAGAGGGAGCUGGUAGCGGCUGUGUCGAAGGUUGAGGAUCUGAGCCGGCAGCUGGACAUACUGAAGAACAGCAAGAUGGACGCCUUCCACGACAACCAGAGCUCUGCAGCUGAGCUGGACCGCAUGUACAAGGAGCUGCAGCUGAGGAACCGGCUGAACCAGGAGCAGAGCGCCAGGCUGCAGCAGCAGCGGGACAGCCUGAACAAGCGCAACCUGGAGGUGGCGGCCAUGGACCGGCGCGUGGGCGAGCUGCGCGACCGGCUGUGGAAGAAGAAGGCCGCGCUGCAGCAGAAGGAGAACCUGCCCAAUGGCAUCCCCAUUAAAGAUAAGUCUUCGAAAGGCGAACAUCACAAGCUCCCUGGAGAUGGGAACCCCCCCCAGCAGAAUGGCCCUGCCCGUGUGGCGGCCGUGGGCCCCUACAGGCAGUCCGCUACCAUGCCACGUGGAUCCAUGAUCGGCGACGCCCUGCUAAAGCCCGCUUACCCCGACAGCACGGCCACCCUGCCCGUCCAGGAGAGCCCCCUCAAAGCCCAGACAAGGGGCAGAGCUCCUGGAGACGACUCUGAGCUCCAGAAGAGGGACAGGGAUAAGAAGGUGCGGCCCUUGUCCAUGUUCGAGUCCACCGGGCUGCCCACCACCUCCCUGCGCAAGAACCAGAGCAGUGAGGACCUGGUGAGGGAUGCUCAGAAUUCUGGCCCGGGACUGGUGAAGGUGCCCCCCCCAGUGGCCAGCAAACCCAAACAGGUGACCCUCCCACCCGGGAUCCCGCCAGCGCAGCCCACAUACGGGAGGCCGGCCGCCAACGCAGGGACCUUCCCCGGCAAGGCCAAAGCGCCCGGCCAGCACCCGCCCCACAGCCAAACCCUGCCCCUGCCCCCCAAGCAGGAGCCCCCGCUCGCGGCCGCCGUGCGACCCUUCACGCCGGAGCCCGGGCCCCAGGGCUUCCGCAAGCCGCCGUCGGCCGCGGCCAGCUCCAUCUACUCCAUGUACACCAAGCAGGCCGCGCCCGGGAAGGGCCUGCAGAGCGUGCAGGGGGCCCUGACCCGCGCCCAGAGCAGACCCGGCCCCUUCCCCAGCGUGUACGGUAAGCCCGUGGUCCCAGGGGCUCAGCACUCCCAGGCUGUGCACCCAGAGAACCCGUACUCUGAGACGGAUCAGGGGCUCCCCGCCCCUCCUGUGGAGCGCUCGCCCCGGCCCCUGAGCCCCACCAAGCUGCUGCCCUUCAUCUCCGGCCCGUACCGGCAGCAGAGCGACGGGGACCUGGAGGCGCUGCGCAGGAAGCUGUACCACGCGCCGCGGCCCCUGAAGAAGCGCAGCUCCAUCACGGAGCCCGAGGGCCCGGCGGGGCCCAACAUCCAGAAGCUCCUGUACCAGAAGACCACGCUGGCCGCCAUGGAGACCACCGCAACCUCCACCCCUUUUGACCAGCCCGGCCCCCCCAGGGCAGAGGAGGUCGCCCAGCCGGACCCUGCUCCACAGGAGGCCCCUGCCCCCGAACCGCCGCCCACCGAGCCAAUCAAAGAGACUGACUCAGAGGACUUUGUCCCGCCCCCGCCGCCCUCACACCCUGCCCCCACCCUUGGGGACCCUGAGAGCCUCCCGCCGCCCCUGGUCCUGCCAGAAGAGGAGGAUGAGCCAGAACCUGCCCUUCCACCUCCACCUGAGUCCUUCCUGGAGGAAUUCCCCCCCUACCCGCCGCCCCCAUACCCCAGCGGGGCGGAACAAGACAGCCCCGGGCAGGACCCCUUCAGCAUGAAGGCCCCAGAGGUCACAGGACAGGUCACCCUGCCCCCGGGCAAGAGGACCAAUCUGCGCAAGACUGGGUCGGAGCGCAUCGACCAUGGCAUGCGGGUGCGGUUCAACCCCCUAGCCCUGCUGCUGGACUCCUCUCUGGAGGGCGAGUUUGACCUGGUCCAGAGGAUCAUCUACGAGGUGGACGACCCCAGCCUGCCCAACGAUGAGGGCAUCACCGCCCUGCACAACGCCGUCUGCGCCGGGCACACCGAGAUCGUCAAGUUCCUGGUGCAGUACGGCGUCAACGUCAAUGCUGCCGACAGCGACGGCUGGACCCCCCUGCACUGCGCAGCUUCCUGUAAUAAUGUGCAGGUGUGUAAGUUCCUGGUGGAGUCAGGGGCGGCGGUGUUCGCCAUGACCUACAGCGACAUGCAGACCGCCGCGGACAAGUGUGAGGAGAUGGAGGAGGGCUAUGCCCAGUGCUCCCAGUUCCUGUAUGGGGUGCAGGAGAAAAUGGGCAUCAUGAACAGGGGCAUGGUCUACGCGCUGUGGGACUACGAGCAGGAGGAGGACGAUGAGCUGGUGUUCAGGGAGGGCGACUGCAUGACCAUCCUGCGCAGGGAGGACGAAGAUGAGAGCGAGUGGUGGUGGGCGCACAUGGGGGACGUGGAGGGGUACAUCCCCCGGAACCUGCUGGGGCUGUAUCCAAGAAUCAAGCCACGGCAGAGAAGUUUGGCUUAGGCCUCCUCGUGGAUCAUCAAGGUGUUUCCAUGCGCACGCUGCACCACUAGUGGGCAGAAGCACUCUUUUGUCCGAAGACGGGGUGAAGACUAAGACAACAAAACAGAUGAAGGAUCUUUGACUCAGACAUGGACGUUCCUUUACACACCGCUUCUGGAUCACUGACUCACACAAGUCGGCAGUAUGACUACUGCUUUCAGACGGGAAGACGGACAGCUUAUACCAGUGCCGGUCUGGAGAAUUAUUUUUGUACCGGAAUUAAGCACCUGUUGUUUCUAACUGCUGUAUACAAAUCUUUUAUAGGGGGCUCUCAAGAAACUAUUUUUAUGCAGAGGGUGAAUUUUCUUAGAAUUCUUUAAAAGCACAAUCUUCUCUUUGGGGUUGUUAACUUGAGGGGGUGGGUGUUGGUACUUUUAAUGGAGCCAGGUACUUUUAGCACCUGAGAGAAGUAUGGAUGAGGUGAUGACAGUCAUGGAUGAAAGGAUGUUGCGUUGUUGUGAGAGUGUCACUAAAGCAGACGUUGUCUUGGUUUCCAGUCCCUUUAAUUUGGACAAUCUCCCGGGGAUGGCCAUGGGCUUUCUGUUUCUGUUACGGUUUCUACGUAGGCUAUCUGUUCAAAGUAUUCUUCUGGAUGUCUUCAUAUGCUGUUCUGCCAUUUUCACAGUGUAGGACUCAUCUAAUGAAUGCACAUAUGUGCUUUUUAACUUCACUUAGCCUCCCGAUUCAGCCAUAUGAAAUGGUGGACAGGCUACAGUGUGUCAUAAAAGCUGUGUUACUGCACUAACAUAAGCUGUUCUAGGUGGCGCCCCCUGUAGGUUAACAUUUGGAACCGAAUGUUGUCAGCGUUCACUGAUUAUCUGGCAGAUCAUUCUUAUCACCAAAGCUGGGUAAAAGCACACAUUUUUUCCAUAUUAUUUUUUUUAUAUGCGUAUAGACACUAAUACAUGGCCAGUCGGUACACAACUGUGAAAUGCUUUGUUUUUAUAACAUUGUGUAUGAAUUGUCUAUGUGAGAUUAUUUGUCCACUCCAGAAAUGCCACUUGCAAGUUUCUGCAUUGAGUCGUGUGUGAACAGCAGGCCAGCUGUGUUCAGGGCCUCCAGCUGUCCCAGGGCAGGGGAACAAAACACACGCACUACCCCGCCUCCCCCAGCUUGUAGAUAAUGUCACAGACAUGGGAUUCUCCAGUUAGUCUGAAAACCAGUCUUAACUACAACCUUUUGCUAUUGGUCGACCAGAGAUUACAUGUCCUCUGGAGCCUCUGCUACAGCGGUAGUCUGUCAAUUCAUUGUCCUAGACGAGAACUUUGUUUUGCAGGCAGGCUGAUGCAUACAAUGUGGUAAUGAGAACAAAAACUUAUAGCACACGCACAAUUGUCAGAUAUUUAUUUUUGUUUGUCUUUGUUGUAACUGUGUCAAAACUUGUAACAUCACGUUUUGUAUGAAUAAUUUACAAUAAAGUACUUUGAAUACAAA